AUGGAGUGCUGUGGACGCGGCUCCGGGCCGCAGCCGUCGCUGCUGCUGCUGCUGCUGCUGCUGUCGCUGCUGCUGGUGGUGCCCGGCGCUGGCGCAGCCCCGCGCUCGGCGCUCUACUCGCCCUCCGACCCGCUGAAGCUGCUACAGGCUGGCACCCUGCGCGACGCCGUGCUGGGCUCCCACAGCGCCUGGGCGGUGGAGUUCUUCGCCUCCUGGUGCGGCCACUGCAUCGCCUUCGCCCCGACGUGGAAGGCGCUGGCCAAAGACGUCAAAGGUUGGAGGCCGGUGCUGAAUCUCGCUGCCCUGGACUGUGCUCAGCAGACCAACAUCGCAGUCUGCAGAGACUUCAACAUCACUGGCUUCCCGACUGUGAGGUUCUUUAAGGCCUCUUCCAAGACCGGCUCAGGAGCUACACUGUCAGUGGCUGGUGCUGACGUGCAGACGCUGCGGGAGAGGCUCAUUGACGCCCUGGAGUCCCAUAGUGACACGUGGCCCUCCGCUUGUCCCCCACUGGAGCCUGCCAGGCUGGAGGAGAUUACUGGAUUCUUUGCAAGAAAUGAUGAAGAUAACCUGGCCCUGAUCUUUGAAAGGGAAGACUCCUACCUGGGUAGAGAGGUGACUCUGGACCUGUCCCAGUGCCGGGGCAUAGCGGUGCGCAGGGUUCUGAACACGGGGCAUGACGUGGUGAACGAGUUUGGUGUCACGGACUUCCCAUCUUGCUACCUGCUGUUUCGGAAUGGCUCUUCCUUCCGGAUCCCCGUGCUUAUGGAAUCCAGGUUCUUCUACACCAUGUACCUGCGGAGGUUCGCCAGGGACACCAGUGAGCCUGUCAACACCACGGCUGCGCCGGACACCUCUAGACCCAUAGCCCCUACCGUGUGGAAAGUUGCAGAUCCCUCCAAGAUCUACAUGGCUGACCUGGAAUCUGCACUGCUCUACAUCCUCCAGGUAGAAGUGUCCAAGUUCUCUGUCCUGGAGGGGCAGCGCCUGGUGGCCCUGAAAAAGUUCAUGGCGGUGCUGGCCCAGUACUUCCCUGGCCAGCCCCCGGUCCAGAACUUCCUGCAUUCCAUGAACGACUGGCUCAAGAAGCAGCAGAGAAAGAAAAUUCCCUAUGGUUUCUUUAAAACUGCCCUGGACAGCAGGAAGGAGGGCGCUCUGAUUGCCGACAAGGUGAACUGGGUAGGCUGCCAAGGGAGUCAGCCGCAUUUCCGCGGCUUUCCCUGCUCCCUGUGGGUCGUCUUCCACUUCCUGACCGUGGAGGCAGCUCGGCAAAAUGUAGACCACUCACAAGAAACAGGCAAGGCCCAGGAGGUCCUCCAGGCCAUCCGGGGCUACGUUCGCUUCUUCUUUGGCUGCCAAGCCUGCGCUGGCCACUUUGAGCAGAUGGCCACUGACUCCGUGCACCAGGUGGGGAAUCUGAGCAGCUCCAUCCUCUGGUUCUGGUCUAGCCACAACAAGGUCAACGCUCGCCUCGCAGGUGCCCCCAGCGAGGACCCCCAGUUCCCCAAGGUGCAGUGGCCACCCCGUGAGCUCUGUUCCGCCUGCCACAGUGAACUCCAGGGUGCGCCCGUGUGGGACCUGGGCAACACCCUCAACUUCUUGAAGACCCACUUCUCCCCGAGCAACAUCGUCCUAGACCUUCCUUCGGCUGGCCUGGGCCCCCGGAGGGGUGCAUAGAGGAUGGCAGUCCCUGCAAGGCAGGUGGAGCUGGAGCUGGCGACCGGAAAUUUUACUCUGGGCCCUGAGAAGGCUGAGAUCAUGGUGGGCCCAGGGACAAUGUCCCCUGGAAUCACCAUCCCAGAUGUUCCAGCAGAGGGACCUGGGGCAAGUCACCCCCAGGAGACACAGGCUGGCCUCAGCAUGGCCAGAGAUGAACCAGACCAGGAAGCUCCUGAGCACAUAGCGGGACUUCAGAGGGAUAAGUUGGAGCAGCCAAAAGGGCGGCAACGCUUGAGCAGGCGAGACACAGGAGCCGUGUUGUUGGCUGAAUUCCUGGCUGGGAAGAACCUCCCCAGAGGCCCUUCAGAGCUGAGGCGAGUGGGCCGCAGCUCCAAGAAGCUGGCCAGCGUCCCUGACGGGGAGCCAGAGGCCGGGGCCUGGCAGGGCCAGAGCCAGUGGCUGCAGGUGCUGGAAGGGAACUUGUCCCACCUGGACAUCAGCCUCUGUGUGGGGCUCUCCUCCGUGUCCUUCACGGGUCUGCUGGCUGUGUACACCUACUUCCGGGCCAGGAUGAGGGCCCUGAAGGGCUAUGCCAGCCACCCCGCAGCCCGAACCGUCCAACUUGGGAGGGGACAGACCCUCCUGGGUGGGGUUUGGCUUUACGGUGGGCUCCGGAAGCUUCUGGAAGUCAUGCUGGUCUCCCAGGGAGCACCUGCCCCGGUGCUCUCAGUUCUGCUCCAGGAAACUUGGCCUGCGCCCGCCUGA